CGUGAGUCAUCUGAUCGCCUGACUUCGAAAACCUCGGGACUCGGUGAUUCGGCGUCCACAGUUCUCGAAAUCUGUGCGUGUUUGUGUUCGAUUUUGACGAGCCAUAAGUUAGUGUGAAUGUUGAGCAGCUUCUCGCGAGUGUGACCUGCUUUAAACCUUGGAGCCCGAGGCGGAUUUGAGCUGUCCAGAGGCUAGCGAGAGCCUGAUUUUGAGGAGGACCCCGGUCGGUCACUCCCCUUUUUCGCUGACCAAAAGACUUUCCGCAGUUUUCCAAAGAUGAUCGCAAUCAUCAACCGAAUCUUGGACUGGUUCAAGAGCCUCUUCUGGAAAGAGGAGAUGGAGCUAACCUUGGUGGGCCUGCAGUACUCUGGCAAAACCACCUUUGUCAAUGUUAUCGCCUCCGGCCAAUUCAGCGAGGACAUGAUCCCCACCGUAGGCUUUAACAUGCGUAAAAUCACGAAAGGCAAUGUGACCAUCAAGGUCUGGGACAUUGGUGGACAGCCGCGUUUCAGAUCGAUGUGGGAACGUUACUGCAGAGGCGUAAAUGCCAUUGUAUAUAUGGUAGACGCUGCCGACUCAGAAAAAAUUGAGGCUUCUAGAAAUGAGCUGCAUAAUUUGCUGGACAAGCCACAGCUGGCAGGAAUUCCUGUCCUUGUUCUCGGCAAUAAGAGGGACUUGCCACACGCCCUUGACGAAAAUGGACUAAUUGAAAGAAUGAACUUGUCGGCAAUUCAAGACCGCGAAAUUUGCUGCUACUCAAUAUCGUGCAAGGAAAAAGACAACAUUGACAUCACGCUACAGUGGCUCAUCGCACAUUCCAAAUCGGGAGGACGCUAGAUGGAUUAAAUUUAAUAUUCUUUGAGCAUUGGCCCCAUGAGUGGUCGGCAGAUAUAAAUUUGUUGCUCUCUUUUCUAUCUACCUUUCUCCUUCUGCACAUGAUGAGGAAACGCAACUUCCACUUGGGUGUUUCAUUGCCUUGGGAGGCUGUUUCUGAUGGGGGGAAUAAAGAAAAUAAUUGGAUCUCCUCUCAUAUCGAGUGCCAUUUUUACGAGAAAUCUUUUGCAAAAAAGCAGUGUUGUAGGGAUUAUUAUCAAGUUAAAACACAAAACAUGCAUUAAAUACAAAUACUAUAUCAAACGAGUGGAUCAGACCUUGGUGCUUGGGGCUUUUCAAAUGGCAACAGGUUUGUUUGUUAGUUCCUCUCUUAAAGAGAACAUUUGACUCACAAAAAGUCAAAUCCUAAGACCAAUGUUGUUAAAUCUGUUCAGUUCGUUUUCUGUGUCGCAGACGGAUUCUGUGAUAUGAUUUAUGCCCAUCAAUGUAUAUGCGAUGAUUUUUAGAGGAAUGAAAAUUAUUUGGCUCUGUUGCUCAAAUAUUUUUGUAUCGAUAUUCUUGAUUUAAGUCCGUCGUCCACUAAGUUAAUUCGUUGAUUCAACGGAAAGCGCACUCACCUCCCGCUUGAUUGCACCUUUCUAUCUGAUUAAUAGAUAUAUUUUGUAUUUAUAUCUGUCUGAAUAUUUUUUCUCCCGCCUCAAUCGAAUAUUCUUACUUACAUUGUACACAAUGAAGCUGUUGUAUAGAUGUAUUUAUUAACCUGCAUCUAAAAGAGAAAAGUGUAAAGUAAUGGACAACCAAACAACCAACUCAUUAUUAUUGUAAUUAAUUAAUAUUAUUGAUAUGUAUCACAUCCGAGUAAGAGGAUUCGCGACGAGUUAAUAAAUGUAUCGAGAGAAUGCAUUGCAAUUCUCUCUCAUCUUAAAACAAAGCGUUAUUGUUCUAUUAGUGAUCAAAAAUUUUAAAAUAACCCAAUAGCGCGUAACUAUUAUGAAAAAGAAAACACAUGAAUGAGAUGAAUGGGUUGGAGACGUAUGUCUAAAUAAAUUCAUUGCAUACUGAUGACAAAA